AUGUCUGCAGCAACAAAGCUCGCCGCCGAAAUACCGUGGCACGCAGCAUUCCCGGCUCCGAGGGCGGUCGCACCCUCUAUAUCGCGAGAGGAACUGCUGCAAUGGAUCCGAGGGGGUAAACAAGCUGGCAAAGACUUCGUACUGGUUGAUCUUCGUCGGGCCGACUACGAGGUACGGAAUAUUGAACAAGUACAGUUGUUUUUGGGUUUCAAUACUUACAUUACAAAGGGAGGAACAAUCCAAGGGUCAUUAAAUCUACCGGCUCAAAGUCUAUAUCCCACGAUCCCGACAUUGUAUUGUCUUGUGUCUAAUAGCAAUGCGAAGUUUGUGAUUUGGUAUUGUGGUUCAUCCGGAGGGCGAGGUACUCGUGCAGCGGGUUGGUUUGCGGAUUACCUUGAGGAAAAGCAAGAUAAUAAUAUCAAAAGCUUGGUUCUUACAGGUGGUAUUAAGGGAUGGGUGGCGGCUGGAUCGGAAUAUAUAUCCCUGAUGGAUGGGUAUGAUGCCUCUGUCUGGACGAAAUAG